AUGACGAAAAUCUCCAAACUUCGGCAGAAGAUUCGAGGGCGAUUGGAUCGGGCACUCAAAUCUCUCGGGUCUGCCGGCGAUCUAUUACCAAGUCAACAGGGCAAGCUCGCCCAGAUCUAUUGUUCCACCAUGGGAUAUGACAAAAAGCAUUCCGUCUCUUCUCGUUCUAGACAGGUACGACGCAAAACCCUCCUCCACAAGAUCGCCUCCAAUGUAGGCACUGAGGCUUGGCUUGUCUACGUUCAAGCGCUGUCGCGAACGGCACUGUCCGAUGAAGAUCCUGAGGACAUCCAAGAGAUAGUGUCACAGUGGUCGACACAAAAUCAUCUCUUGUGGCUCUCAGAGCUUAGCAGAAGGCUCUGGUCUACCCAUUCCUUUGAGCUUGCUGUAGCACCGUGCGGGCGACGUGGCCUAAAUGCACAGGGUAUGUAG